AUGUCUGCCGACUUGCCUGCGUUUUGGUUUCCGCCAUCUGGACCGGCUCUGCCUCCAUUGCCAGAGUCUACCCUGGAGCCCAAACCACCCGAGGAUGACCCACGCUGGUAUGGUACCAUAGAAUCCGUAGGAGAUUUGCAUUGGUACAUGCACAAUUUGCUCCGAAACGAGGAGAAUUACAUGAAUGGAGAAUUCAGCUGGAAGGAAACGAAUAUCCACGCGGGCGAUGUCAUAGUACCCAUACCCAGAUACCCGGAUUAUUUUGCGCACGACAUCGAAAAAAACGUAGGGGUAAGCGCAUGGGAAAUGUGGUGCUUCAGAUGUCCCUCAACCGUUGACCCGGAGGAACCAGAGAGAGACCCAAUAACCGGAUUCCCAUUCUGUGGCAGGAGCAUCCUCAGCAUGGAACCCUUGACGUAUCACUCCUACCAAUCAGCUAGCCAAGCAGUUAGCCCAGAUCUGGAAGUCCCAUAUUCAACCGUGCCAGGUGCCGACAGUGUCAUGGCGUGUGUGAUUGAACAACAGAUAGUCCCACAGUUCUAUCGCGAAAAGUUCCCCGAAGCACACUUGGCCAAAAUCAUAACCAAACCCUUCAUCGUAUCCAGCAGCCCCAGGAACUCCAACCCAAAUACACGAUACCGCUAUAAUGAAACCUACCCUCAGGGCGUCUUCGACUUCGAAUUCCAACAAGCAAUGUCCUCCUCAUCAUCUUAUUCAUACUACCAACCCGACCCAACCCCACCCCCCUCAUCAACCACCGACUUCUGGGACUGGUACGACGACUACACCCCCACCAGCGUCAGCAAUCCUGCAGCAUUCAAAACAAAUAGCACACGCGACUCUCCCUCCGCAGGCAUAAUAAUCGGCAUCAUAGUCCCCAUCGCUCUCGCCAUAGGCAUCAUCGCUUGUAUCGGUAAGCGAAGCCGCGAUAAGCAGCUUAGAGCGACUGCUUCAUCUGCGCCGCCCAUGAAUACGAAUCCGCAAGCUGAUGCGCGUCGUCAAGCGGCUCUUGCUGCACGUGUGAGCCCGACUGCCGCCGUGCCAGCCACAGAACAAGCGGAUGAAGAUGAUAUGCUGCCGCCUGCCUACCACAAGGUCGUUUCGAAUGUAGAGAGGAUGGAUAUUGAACGCAGGAUGCAUGCCGAAAGGACGGCCCCUGCUGGGUGGCCGCCGACGUAUACAGAUGCACAACAUGCGGAGUUGACAACGGUGACACAGCCCGACCCUGUUGCCAGUGUACCUGGAAGAAGCCAGGCGCCGUAUCCGGCGCUGCCGUCGUCGCCUGCGCGGUAG